UACUUUUAUAUUUUACAAGAAGAUAUUUGUAUUCUAGUUUCAAUUUUGGAUUCCUUCGAUAAAUUUAUUAAAAAAAAUUAAGAAAAACUGAAUAAUAAAUGUCUUAAUUAUAUGAAAAACGCUGAAUUUAUCGUAGAAUAUAGGCGGUAUAAUGGAUUUGGAAAAUAUUCCCAUUGAAAAACAAGUUAAUCUUAUUUUGCUCUCAAAAGUUUUGAAAAAUUACUUGGAUUUAAAAAAGAAAACGAAUCUUAGUCUCUAUCAAAUCCACCGUAUACUACAAAAUCAAGAUGAAAUAUUGGAAGAGUGGAAAGAAAAAAACAAAAAAAUAACAAAAACACCAAACUAUACAGUUGCCGUUGAAAAACUUCUACUGGAAUGGAUAUGUGAAUGUAAAUUAAAAAAAGUCAAUUUAUCAAAAACCAUGAUACAAGAACAAGUAAAAUAUCUAAAGGAAUUAUUUAAAAUAUUCUAUAAUAUAAAUAUGAAAAUGUGGAAUCGAAUAAGAUCAAUUUUAGGAGAUUUACUUUAUAGUAAUGACUCAAAAGAAUAUAUUCCAUUUGAUAUAUAUGCAAUUUUUCAAAAAGAAGGCAAACGUUUAUUAAAAGCUGAAAUAUAUGAGGAUUUUCUUGAGCGUCUGGAUGUUAAGGCGAUAAGGAGCAAUUCAAAAAAAUCUUUGCAAAGGAAAAGUCCUAAAAAGAAAACGAAAAAGUCAAAAGAAGGUAAAAUUGAAAAUAAAGAUGAUGAUGAAGUUAUUGCUGUUGAAAAACCCAUUACUAUUGUUGACAUUAGCAAUGAUGAUACUGAAAUUUAUGAUAAAAUUACCAAAAUUAAGAGUGAACCCUUAUCGCCACCUUACUCCGUUCGUCAAGAAGUAAUAAAGGAAACUAAGUUUUUAUCAAAGGAUAUUGAAACGACCGAAAGAGAGCAAACAAAAGAGCCCUCUAUUAAAAAAGAGCCCCAAGCGAUUAUUAAAACUGAAGAAGAUCUCAUUAACAAUUUAGAAGAGGAACUAAAUGAAUUUGAAGAAUUUAUUGAUAUUCCUGAAAAUCCAACAAAAACGUUAAGUAUAGAUCCUGAUAGUGAAACAAUAUUAGAGACCAGGAUUAAAAUAGAACCCCAAGAGUGUGAUAAUAAGAACGAGUUGGAAUCCAAUACUAAACUUGUACUCACUGGGUGUAAUAAUAAAAUAGUAUCACCGGAAUUAGACGAUAAUAUUUUGCAAGUGGAGCUUAAUAAAUUAAAUGAAUUUCUAGGAAUUUCUAAUGAUCUACAAACAGUAUCUUCAAAUGAAAAAGUAGAAAUAACAAAGGAAUUAGAUUUUGAUUUUAUCAAUGAUAACGACAGUGAAUGUAUUGAUAUUUAUCAAAUUGUUGAUAAUGAUGAAGAUAAUAAGGAAGAAAAUGGUAGUUCUCCAAAAAGUCUUAAUGAAAAAGUAAACUUUAAUGAACAAAAUAAAGAAAUCGUGAAUGGAAUUAGAAAGAAACCCAUAGAAAUUGAAUUUAGUGAUUUUGAUUGUUUACAAAUUAUACUGAGAAAAAACUGUGAUAAAUCCAUAAAAGAAAUCCUUAAUGGAGAUAAUAAAACAAAUAAAACAGCUGAACUUAUAAAGAAAGCUGAAGAGGAAAAUGAAGAAACACAAAUUGAACUGGACACUGAGGAUGCUGAUGUUGAAAGUUUACAAAAUAAAGUGGAAAAAAACUGUAAAGAGGAAAAUAAAACUGUUGAUGUUAUGGACAAAGAUGAAAUUGAACUAGACAUUGAGGAUGAUGAUGAUGUUGAUGAUUUACAAAAUAAACUGGAAAAAAAUUGUGAAGAAGAGGGAAAUAAAACUGCUGAAGUUAUGGAAGAAGAUGAAGAGGAAAAUGAAGAAACACAAAUUGAGCUGGAAAUAGAGGACUGUGAGGAAGAUGUACAAAAUGAAUUAAGGGAAAUAAUACAAAAAUAUGCCAAGGAAAAUGAUGAUCCUUUAGAAACUACACAACAGGAAGAGAAACGAUCACCAACUGAGAAAGACGAGGAUGACUAUGAAAUAGUUUUAGAAAUUGUAUCCGAUGAGGAGGAUGCUGCCACUAAUGUGGAGCUUAAUACAGUAAUUGACUUGUUAAAAUCAAAAGAAAUAAAUGAAAAUGGAAAAAGAUCUGAUAGUCAAACGGCAGUUGCAACUUCCUUUUUACAUACACCUCAUAGAAAAGUGGCACGUUUAAAUUCAUAUCAAUCCAAAGACAUAAUAUCUAAAGUAAAAGAUAAUAAUGAUGUUAAAUCGUCAAAUGUUAAAAAGCGUAGAAAAUAUAGAAAAAGAACGUUUUAGAAAUCUAACAAAACUAAAUGUUUUGUUAGUUGUAGUAUAACAGUAAGUUUUUAUUCUUAUAAGAAUAAGUAUUUUUUUCUUGGAAAAUAUUGUUUAAUGAAUUACUCUACUUUAUUUUUUAUGUAAUUUAAUAAUUUUCUUUAAAUAAAACUGAAUACGAGAAAAAGUACAAAAGCCAUUGCCCUGUAACAAAACUGUGAUAUUGUUGUUAAGACUGAUUUUUUUUGUUAAUAUUAUUUUUAAGAACAAAUAAAUGAAAACUUUGAUUUACAAACCCCAAAA